UAAAUCCAACAAAUGAGACUUAAUAGUCAUUGCCGAGCGUGCGGAAGGCGAAUUCGGCACAUUUCGGCUAGACUCGUGUCUUAAUGCUUUGCUAACAAGAAAUUUGGUCGGGUUGGUCUACGUUUUGUGCCGUGAAAUUAAUCAAAUCGAACAAAUGAGCCUGAAUACAAUCAUUGCCGAGCGAGCGGAUUGCGAGUUCGGCACAUUUCGGCUAGACUCGUGCCUUAAUGCUUUGCUAAGAAGAAAUUAGGUCGGGUUGUGCCGAACUCGCCUUCGGCUCGCUCGGCAAUGACGUUUUGUGCCGUGAAAUUCAUUAAAUCCAACAAAUGAGACUUAAUACAGUCAUUGCCGAGCGUGCGGAAGGCGAAUUCGGCACAUUUCGGCUAGACUCGUGCCUUAAUGCUUUGCUAAGAAGACAUUUGGUCGGGUGGUGCCGAACUCGCCUUCGGCUCGCUCGGCAACGACGUUUUGUCCCGUGAAAUUAAUCAAAUCGAACAAAUGAGCCUGAAUACAAUCAUUGCCGAGCGAGCGGAUUGCGAGUUCGGCACAUUUCGGCUAGACUCGUGCCUUAAUGCUUUGCUAAGAAGACAUUUGGCCGGGUCGGGUGGUGCCUUCGGCUCGCUCGGCAACGACGUUUUGUCCCGUGAAAUUAAUCAAAUCGAACAAAUGAGCCUGAAUACAAUCAUUGCCGAGCGAGCGGAUUGCGAGUUCGGCACAUUUCGGCUAGACUCGUGCCUUAAUGCUUUGUUAAGAAGAGAUUAGGUCGGGCUGUGCCGAACUCGCCUUCGGCUCGUUCGGCAUUGACGUUUUGUGCAGUGAUAUUCAUCAAAUUGAAUAAAUGAGGCUUAAUACAAUCAUUCCCGAGCGCGCGGAAGGCGAGUUCGGCACACUUCGGGCUGAUCUCGUGCCUUAAUGCUUUGCUAAGGAGAAAUUUGGUCGGGUUUUGCCGAAAUCGCCUUCGGCUCGCUCGGCAACGACGUUUUGUGCAGUGAAAUUCUUCAAAUCGAAUAAGUGAGGCUUAAUACAAUCAUUGCCGAGCGAGCGGAUUGCGAGUUCGGCACAUUUUGGCUAGACUCGUGCCUUAAUGCUUUGCUAAGAAGAAAUUAGGUCGGGUUGUGCCGAACUCGCCUUCGGCUCGCUCGGCAAUGACGUUUUGUGCCGUGAAAUUCAUCAAAUCGAACAAAUGAGCCUGAAUACGAUCAUUCCCGAGCGCGCGGAAGGCGAGUUCGGCACACUUCGGGCUACUCUCGUGCCUUGACGCUUUGGUGACAAGAGAAACUCCUUCCGCUAUUCUAAGUACUUGUUCGGGUGCUUUUCACAUUGUCUGGACUACUUUAGCACUGUCAUAGGUUGAGUUGAGGGCCCAAUAAUAUGGGCAAAUAAGUUGUGGCGCUUGGGCUAAAAAUAUAAUCUGCAAAUUUGCAUUCAGAGAUUCGGCCGCAGAAUUCAUAUAUUCGCUGCCCCCUUCCCGUAAGUUACGCUCACCUCCCUCCUAUUAUUCGGUUCAAAAAGAUAUGCUUUCGUAAGGUAUAGGCUUUCCUCCAGGUGGGGUUACUCGCCUGCAGAAAAAAUGUGCUCCCAACACCCUUUCGGAUCGUGUGUUCACACGUAACACACACAACUUCAUCGUACCUCUUCUUCUGGUUGUGGUGUGUUACUCGCCCAUUGGAGAGUGUAACGGUAGCAUUUACAUUUUUUCGAAAUUUCGUCGUAAAGUCUUUAAGGAAACUUAGUUACCAAUUUUUUAUCAAACUCGUUAAUCGCAAACAGUUGUAUGAAUAAAUUGGUGGUUUGCUUGUAACUUUCAAAAUGCAAGGAUACACCAGAAAAGAGCGUUCCGAGAAAUAUGUAUCAUUUGAAAAGGAAAUACGCAAUCGCGUUGCAAGAGCGGGGAACGCUUUUUAUCUGGCGCUCAUUUUUGAGAUUCUUAGGUAUGCUGUCCGUCCAUGUCCUUUUUGUUUUUUGUCGCCCAUCCGCCGACAUUAGAGGUGGUUAGUGAUCGAGUAAUUUACUUCUACUUUCCUAACACGUUGAUGCUCAUCCAUUUUAGAACUUUUUGAGGGCGAAUGCGAGGUUGUACCAGAUAUCUCUAUCUAGAGUAAUCAGUUCGUGCUUGCAUGUGAAUGUAAAAUAUCGAUUGCAGAACUCUAUUGGAAGGUAAUAGUAAAAAUUGGGCAAUAUCGGACAUGCGAGAGGGGUCGUCGUCGUUGUUACCAGGGUGAAGUAAACGAAUAGAAAUGAGGUUGAUCGAUUCGGUGUAAAACAGCAAUGACGUCAUAAUCGGAACGUUUGCGGCGCUGGUGUAUCACACGAUGACGUCACGCGUCUCUAUAGAGCGUCGCCGAAAGUCGAGGGAGCGGAUAGGGAGGCGUCGAUACAUUUCGGUUUAAAUCCGGUGAAUGCAGUGGGUGACCGUUUUUUUAGUCGCAUUUAAUUAACAAUUAAAACUCUUUUUUUCGUUUCGUAAUGAAAUCAAAUGUGCACGUAUGCUGGCUGUUUUGGAUUAUCGGCAUCAUCGUCAUGGUCGAAAGUGACGCCGGGACAAAAUGGCAAAAGCAGGAUGAAAGGAAGCCCGAAAGGCUUCUCUGUUACGUUUGCAACUCGCUGUACGACACGAGGUGUGCGGACCCCUUCGACCCCUACACGCUGGGCUACGUCGACUGCAACCUAAAGGACCCCCCGAGACAUUUGAAUAGCACCCUGAAGCCGAUCCUCUGCAGGAAGACCGUGCAAAGAGUCGACGGUAAGACUCGUGUUGUGCGUGGCUGUGGCUACAUACCAGACAGACGGGACGACAAAGAGUGCGUCAAGAGAAGCGGUACGCAUAACGUCCAAGUAACGUAUUGCGCAUGCAAAAAGUCAUUCUGCAACGGUGCCCGUUCUCUAACUAAUCCUUCCAUAUCUCUUAAACUAGGAAUUGCGGCGUUAUUUUCCUUCAAGUUACUCCUUUAAGUUUUAGUACGUUGUCAUAGGAAAACUGGAGAGAAUGUAAUCUAAGAAUCAUUUUAGCUGCGCUAAGCCAUUAGAUUUAGUUAGAUGUGUUAUGGUGCAUGGUCCUUUCGUUUUCGACUUCAAAAACAGAAUAGGAAAAUUGAAAAGAAACGGAUUUGUGAACACUGCCAGUUCAUAAAGUGCCACCGGGAGUGAACCAAACGAAAUUGCACCGAAAACCUUUCAUUUAUAGAGAGAGAGACAAUGAAAAUUUGUGAUGCUUAAAGGAAAAUUCACGAAUUUUCCCCGAGAGCACUUUCACUCUGCCUUUUACAACUCCAACAACGUUAAUCUUAAUUUCGUAAUUGACACUAAUUAGACGUGCUCCCUCCCUCCCCUCCCGGACUCCCCACUGCUUCUUGCGACGUUGCCAUUUAGUGGUGGGCUUUGAAAAAUGGCCUAGUUUUUAUGUAUGACGGGUACAUAUCACCGAUCAAACAACGGCAAUAAUGCUAUAUGUACGAAAUUUGAUACAUCAAAGCUCGGCCGCCGUAUUGUUUUUUACUAAUCCCAUCGUCAUUGUGUCCAUCCGUAACGAAGCACGCUAGGAUGUGCUUACGAGUUGUUAAAUAAUGUAAAAAAAUUUAUAUAGUUAUUGGGUAUUUUUCUUUAUUUACAUGUGACUGUUUCGAUGUAUAUAAGAAAAGCCCCCUAAAAAUAUUGGAACUAUUUUAUUGUCGUAUUUUUUUAACAGAUGCUGUUUAUAUGUCAAGCUGUGCACGCUGCUUUUAUGUCGUUGUUCUAUAUGUCGGUAAAUAAAAUGUUUAAUUGUU